CGCUGUCCACUGGCUGUAUGUAUUUUCAGACAAGGGCAAACUGGAGGGAGCGUCACUGUUGUCGUUGUCAUUAGCCAUUCACAUUAGCCAUCAUGGCGAGGUUCUUGAGGCCGAACAUCCGCGGUUUAUUCACUUUACAGCAAAGAAUGUCAUCCGACCAGCUGGGUGAACUGGGUAAAGGUGCGGGCAAAGGUGGUGGAGGCGGUGGCUCCAUUCGAGAGGCCGGUGGAGCCAUGGGAAAGAAACAGGCUGCAGAGGAGGAGAUGUACUUUAAGCGCAAGGAACAGGAACAGCUGGCUGCACUGAAGCAACACCACCAGGAGGAAAUCGACCACCACAAAAAGGAGAUUGAGCGUAUGCAGCGGGAGAUUGACCGUCAUAAGGGGAAGAUCAGGAAGUUGAAGCAUGACGACUAAUCAAAACCGGCUUCUGCAAGACAUCUUUACUGAAGGCUGUAUUGCAUAUAAAAAUAUAUUCCGCCUUUGUGUUCUUCUUCCACUCACCAUCUCAGGGUAGAGUUGCAUUACCGGCAAGGCAUGAUUGUAUGAUGGAUUAUUUAAAGCAUUUGCAACAGUUCACAAAACUGUUAUUUCCGUGGAACAGUGUGACAUGAUUUGCAUGAACUGUUGUAUGUUUCAUACAUCAAAUAAAAAUGACCUUGUGUGUUAAA